AUGAACGGCCAGUCGUCUAGGCGUGGGCUCAAGACGAGCUACCGCGCCUCACCCACUUCGAUCCGUCCGAUCUACACUGGCGGUCCUGUGCUCCUCACCCGUGAUGGCGAGUGGCUGAUCACCACAAUGGCCGAGGAGGUGCUCGUCACCGAGGUCCGCACCGGCCGCGGCGUUGCUCGUGUCAAGGGCGACACCACGGCCAUCACUGCUCUUGCGCUGUCAUACCACACCUCCCCUCCCACCCUCGUGACCUGCCACCAGUCCAACACGGUGCGGUACUACCCCCUUCCCGAGUCUGUGGCGACCACGCCCAAGCCACCUCUCCUCACCUACACCCGCGUCCUCGCUCGCGCGUCUGGUGCCCCGAUCCUCCUCGCCGCCGUCUCGCCCGACUCGACUCUGCUCGCCACGGGAUCGUCCGACGGUAUCGUCAAGGUCUGGGACCUGGCCGGCGGAUACGUGACCCACAUGUUCCGCGGCCACGGCGGUCCCGUGUCGGCGCUGCACUUUUCGUUCCCCACCUCGACGGGCGAGGACCGCCAGCGCAUGGAGCUGUGGACGGGCUCGACGGACGCAAAGGUCCGCGUGUUCGACCUGCGCGAUGCUGGCGCCCGUGUCGUUGUCGGUGGUGGUGGUGGCGGCGGUGCCAAGCCCAAGGCCGUGCUCGAGGGCCAUGUGAGCGUCGUCCGCGGCAUUGCUGUCAGCGACGACGGACGCUGGGCGGUCACUGGUGGUCGUGACAAGGUUGUGCUGGUGUGGGACCUUGGUGCGCCUGACGAUGGCAAGAAGAAGGGCAAGGGUGCGGCGCCCAAGAUUGUCCAGACUAUCCUUGCCAACGAGCAGGUCGAAGCGUGUGGCCUGUUGCCCGUCGACCAGGCUGUGGUGGGAUCGAGCGAGGGCCGGUUGUUGUGUUACACUGCCGGCGACGCCGGUACCGUGCGUGUGUGGGACGUGCUCAAGGCCACCGAGGUGGCGACCAUGAAGGGCGUGGAGGGCGUUGACGAGGCCGAUGACGAGGACGACGAGCAGCGUGGCGUCAUUAAUGUCAUGUACGACUCGACAACAGCUUCGCUCGUGAGCGUGCACGCCGAUCAGAACAUCAUCUUCAACUCGCUGUCUACCCUGUCGACAACACGGCAAGUGGUCGGUUUCAACGACGACAUUGUCGACGCCGUCUUCCUUGCUGCCACGGGCGGCGAGACCCCAACCCACGUCGCAUUGGCAUCCAACUCGUCCCUCGUGCGCGUGUACAACACCUCGGCAUUCGACGCUCGUCUCCUGUCGGGCCAUCGCGACAUGGUCCUGUGUCUCGACCGCUCGCCUGACGGUCGCUGGCUCGUCACCGGUUCCAAGGACCGGACGGCGCGCGUGUGGGCUCCCGGAGGUCCCAGUGGAUGGCGCUGUGUGGCUAUUUGCGAGGGUCACGCCGAGGCCGUGGGCGCCGUUGUCUUCUCCAAGAAGAUGGAGUCUGGAGCGGGCCGUUUCCUCAUCACUGCCUCGCAGGACAGGACGGUCAAGAUGUGGGACCUGACGAACGUGGACGAGGACGCCGAGCAGCCCAUCAAGGCCCGUUCGCUUGCCACCCUCCCCAUUGCCGACAAGGACAUCAACUCGCUCGACCUGGCGCCCAACGACCGUUUCCUCGUCUCGGGAUCGCAGGACAAGCUUGUCAAGGUGUUUGAGGUCGACUUUGUGGCCGACAAUGCCGUCCAGGGCGCGAUCCGUCAUGUGGGCACCUGCAAGGGCCACCGCCGCGGUGUGUGGGCCGUCAAGUUUAGCCGCAACGACCGUAUUGUCGCUUCUGGUGCUGCUGACCGCACCAUCAAGCUGUGGAGCCUGGACGAUUUCAGCUGUCUCAAGACGUUUGAGGGCCACACCAACUCGGUCCUCCGUGUCGACUUUAUGUCGCAGGGCAAGCAGCUUGUCUCGUCUGCCUCGGACGGCCUGGUCAAGCUCUGGAACAUCAAGGACGAGGCGUGCGUCGCCACCUUGGACAACCACGAGGACAAGGUGUGGGCGCUCGCCGUCUCGCCCGACGAGGAGACGAUCGUGUCUGCCGGCGCCGACUCGGUCGCGACGUUCUGGGAGGAUUCGACUGCCGCCGAGCAGGCCGAGAAGAACGAGGCUCUUGUCGCUGCCGUCCAGUCCGAGCAGGACUUUGCCAACUUUGUCGCGGUCAAGGACUACCGCCGCGCCAUCCAGCUCGCGCUCGCCAUGUCCCAGCCGGGCCGCCUGCUGUUCCUCUUCCGCACCGUCAUCUCCGAGGUCGUCGAGGACGCCGACGCGCACGAGACGGCCACCACGGCGUCGCUGUCGCCCGAGAUCGACGAGGUCAUCCGCACCCUGUCCCCGCUCGACCUGGUACGUUUGCUCAAGCACGUCCGCGACUGGAACGCCAACGCGCGCACCGCGCCCGUCGCCCAGUCGGUGCUGCACGCCGUCUUCCGCCUCCGCGCCCCCGAGGACAUUAUGGCCGCGUUCGAGUCGGCCGCCAAGCCCCCCGUGGCCGACGACGACGAGAGCGCCAACUCGGACGACGAGGAGGAUGACGAAGCCGCUGCCCAGGCGCGUAAGCGCGCCGCCAAGGCUACCGCGCCUACCAUCUCCAUGCGCGAGCUCCUGGACGGCCUGAUCCCCUACUCGGAACGUCACAUGGCGCGCGUCGACCGUCUCGUCCAGGAGAGCUACAUGCUCGACUACACCAUUGCCGAGAUGGACGGCGGCAUGUUCGGUACCGAGGUCAUGGACGUUGAGUAG